CUAUGUGUGUGGUCUCAAGAUAUGAACUUCUCUCUUUUAGUAUGUUAAAGGUAGAUCCCUUGGGUAAAAGCGUGGGUGACAAGCUGUAUAAAAAUGACACCCUGGGAGUAACUCAGGGUUCAGAAUUUGUCAUAUGAAUACUCUGAACCUUUGCUCUAAAACCUGUUUUCUCCAACCCUUCAUGGUCUUGUCUUCUGAUGAAUAACAAGUGAUCUGGCUGGAAAAGGAUCAUUUUAGGUCAACGAGACAAGCCAAGAACAAUGAGUUCGUCAGAAGAAACUGAAAAUAUUCAAACAUUAUUUCAAUACCAGCAUUCAUUUAUAAUUUUCAAGAUCAUUUCAACUGCCUCUGAGUUGGGUGUCUUUGAUCUGCUGAGGGAGUCGAGGGAACCACUGUCUUCCACAACUGUUGCUGAACACUUGAGCACCAGCCCCAUCGGGAUGCAGAGGCUGCUGGAGGCCUGUGUGGGGUUAAAGCUUCUAACACUGGAGUGGAAGGAUGGAAAAGAUCUUUAUGGAAACACAGACUUUGCCAAUCUCUACCUGGUCAAAUCAAGUCCGAAGUCUCAGUAUAAUUCCAUGAAGUUCUAUUCUGAAGUUAUAUAUUCAUCAAUGCAAUAUUUGCCUGAUGCCGUGAGGAAAGGAAAAAAUCAGAUUCCAUCAAUAUAUGAUGCUCCCUCAAACAAGACUUUUGAGGCCUUUUACAGGUCAAAGGAAGAGUUAAAAACCUUCUCCAAUUUCAUGAAUGAGCUCUGGUCUGUGCUAGGAAGAGAAGUGCUUUCUGCCUUUGAUCUGUCCCAGUUCCCACUCAUUUGCGAUCUGGGUGGAAGCACAGGUGGCUUACCUAAGGAACUGAUUUCACUCUACCCAAAAUGUACUGUGACCGUUUUUGAUCUCCCUGAAAUAGUGGAAGCAUCCAAGAACCAUUGUUUUUCUUCAGAAGAGACCCGGAUCACUUUCCAUGCAGGUGAUUUUUUUAAAGAUCCCAUUCCUGAAGCAGACCUGUACAUUUUGGCCAGGACUCUGCAUAACUGGUCAGAUGAGAGUUGUUUGCAGCUGUUACGCAAAGUAUACCAAGCCUGCAAACCUGGUGGCGGUGUCUUAAUAGUGGAAAUGCUUCUUGAUGAAGACAGGAGAGGGCCUUUAGCAGCCCACAUCUACGCCUUGUUAAUGUUGCUCUACUUUGAAGGGAAAGAACGGUCAGCAACUGAGUUGAAUGUGCUCCUCCGCAAAGCUGGUUUCCAAGAAGUUGAGUUAAAGAAAGGAAGCCUCUUUCAUAUUAUUUUAGGAAGAAAAUAAUGUUGUCCACGAUUUCUUCCUGUUGAAUGUUUAAGAGGAAAUUGCAGUAAUCAAAGCCUUGAUUUGUUAAUUACAAUUACACUAUUUCUUUCCCAGAUUACACCAAUUACAUAGCUGAUCCUUUUUUUCCCACAAAAUGUUUCACCAUAACUAGCAAUAAAGAGAUAGAGAAAACUCUUAUCAUAUGACAAAAAAUAA